AUGUCAAAAGGUGCAAAGAUUUGCAAAUUGAGAGAAGAGCCUUUUCUGCUUAACUCUAUGGGAUAUAUGUACGGAACGUUGCGUGAGUCUAAUCUUACAAAUGCAUGGGCAGAGAAUACCAUGAUCGAUCGGUCCCAUAGCGAAGAUAUCUGGUCACGGUCGCACUGGAGAGCAAUAAAGUUGAAUAAUAAAACAGUCAAUCCAAAGGCCAGACAAUUUCGCAUUCCUCAUCUUCUUGUGAAUUUGACCAAAACUACGCCUAAUAUCGAACGGAAAAUAAAGCAAUGGAAAAAACGCUUCCCGAAUAUGUGA